UUGAGACAACUGUCAGUGGCAAAGUUUUCUUGACCUUCCUAGUUCCUUCACCUUGCAAACACAGCUAGCUUCGACUUUAUCUCUCUCUCUCUCUCUACCUCUAUCUCUGUCUAUAUAUACUCGGCUGUUCUUGGGUUCAGGAAAGACUUUAGAUCAGACCAUUUUGAGAGGCCUGUGUUUGAAGAAGCUGUGUUCAAUUCAAUUCUUGGUAGAGAAUAGUUCAGUGAGAGAAAAGAAGAAGAAGAAGAUUGUUUUUGAAGGGCUAUGGAAUAUACUAGUCUUGUUGAUUCUUCGUUGGAUCUUAAUGCCUAUCCUCUUAGACUUUUCGAUGAAGCUCCGAAACAAGAGGUGAAAUGCAAUUUCUUUGAGUUGGGAUUGGGAAGGAAGAAGUCAGAGAAAGCAGAGACUGGUGCUUUAAUGGAGGAACUGAAUCGGGUGAGUGCCGAAAACAAGAAGCUAACAGAAAUGCUGACAGUGGUGUGUGAGAAUUACGAAGCUUUGAAAAGUCGUUUGAUGAAUUAUACGAGCAAAAAUUCAGGAACUGAUCAGAUCAGUACCACAUCGAGGAAGAGAAAGGCUGAAAGCCCCACCAACCACUACAACAAUGGCGUUAUUGAUGGGACUAAUGGAAAUUCAGAGAGCAGCUUAAGUGAUGAAGAAUCUUCUAAGAAACCGAGGGAAGAACACAUCAAAGCAACCAUUUCAAGGGUCUGUGUUCGAACUGAAGCAUCCGAUACAAGCCUUUUAGUGAAGGAUGGAUAUCAAUGGAGGAAGUAUGGCCAAAAGGUCACCAGAGACAACCCUUGUCCCAGAGCUUACUUCAAAUGCUCUUUUGCUCCUAGCUGCCCUGUCAAAAAGAAGGUGAGCCAAAUUCUAAGCUUCACCUAUCAGUCCUUAAAGAUACUUGAUACUCCAGAUGAAUUCCUAGAUUUAGGUCUUGUACUUAAAUUGAACGAUGGGUGUUAGCAUUCUGAUCUUAUUUGUUCCCAUUUCUGUCUUUCUUCAGGUUCAAAGAAGUGUUGAAGAUCAGUCCAUACUUGUAGCAACAUAUGAAGGGGAGCACAACCACCUACACCCCUUAAAACAUGAGGCCUCUUCGGCCUCCAAUCGCUGCGUGACACUUGGCUCAGUUCCUUGCUCAGCCUCUCUCAGCUCAUCAGGACCCACCAUUACUCUUGAUCUAACAAAUCCCAGACCUAAUGAUGAUGCCAAAGUUGCUAACCCCAGAACUGAUUCACCAAAACUUCAACAGUCUUUGGUGGAACAAAUGGCCUCUUCAUUGACCAAAGAUCCUGGCUUCAAAGCAGCACUUGCAGCUGCUAUUUCAGGAAGAAUUAUCCAAAAUAAACAGGAGAAUUGGUGAAAAACCAUGGAGAGGGCUUGAGAUUGAAGCGAAGUUAUUCGUGUAAAUACAACAUUGAAGGAGGAACAGAGACGAGGGGACACUUUUCAGUGUGGUUGAAAUUGGACGGGUUAAACCUGUUACCAAACAAAACCCAGACCCAAAAGCAAACUCACUCCAACCAUUGGGCAAUUGGGCAUAUGGUGGUUGAGAGUCUUGAGACCAUAGAAGGAGGUGCCUAGUUGAGGCCUCAGAUGACAGAUUCACUGCUAUGUUCCCCUUUCUACGUCAAUUGUUCAUAUAUUUUAGUGCUCUCUCUCUCUCUCUCUCUCUCU